AUGAGAGACGUGUACACCAAUGCAGCUUGCAACAUUGCUGCUUCUGCUUCAAGCAGCCCCAUCGGUGGAUUGUUUCGAGAUCGUGUAGCAAAUCAUGUUCGACCCGGUAUCAUAACAUCCAAUUUGGUCUCCCAAGAACCCAAAGAGUUUUACAUAUUCGAUAAAGGAUACUGGGACCGACAUAUUCUGAAUGGUGCCCUGCACCAGAGGGGUUGGGUGUUCCAAGAGCGAUUCCUCUCUCCUCGGCAAAUCUACUUCGCAAGAGACCAAAUCAUGUGGGAAUGCCUGGAGGAGCAUAAAUGCGAGGGUUUUCCACGAGGUGUUCCACUUUAUGAAUCCUCAAAGAGCAUCAAGCGCCUACUUGCAUCAACAAAAAGUGAUGAGUCGAAAAUUGAAGGCCUCAUGCCCUUUGAUGCGAUGGACCUGUGGAUCGACGUCGUCACUGCGUACUCGCGCUGCCAAUUCACCUUCAUGGAAGACAAGCUCUACGCCCUUGGCGGCGUCGCCAAGCUCUUUCAGGAGGCCACAGGCGACAUGUUUCUCGCGGGCUUGUGGCGCUCACGACUACUACACCAGCUUGAUUGGUGCGUGUGGACACCCAAGCCUAGGGUCACUAGCAAAUACAGAGCCCCUUCAUGGUCUUGGGUAUCUGUUGACGGGCCAGUAAAUUCAACACGACCUGCUCACGGGUUCGAUUUCCUGGCGGAGGUGAUUGACGCAAUGGUAACAACGGUAGCUGGGGGAGACGCCAUGGUCAAUGUGACCGGUGGAUUUAUCAAACUGAGAGGGAAGAAAGCGGUCGAAUAUCACUCCUACCUCUGA